CAAUAUUUUAAAGCCGUUAUGACAUAAUUUAUGUAUCAAUAGUGUGACUAAGCUGGGCCUUAGCUGUAGCCAACUCGCUGUACUGUCAAGAUAGUGUCUGCUAUAGUCUCAGAGUAUGGGCAGUGUGUUGGCUGCCGCCUCCCCCAGCCCGGCCCCAGCUGCAGCUGGCGGUGGUCAAGGGGUCCCAGGGCUGGUGUCCGUCCCUCCAGGCUUUACUAUGCCCUCCGUCUCUUCUGUCCCUCCAACAACUGAAUCCGGUCAGCAGACAGAGGGUGGAGAGUCUCCACUCCCAAACCCAGGCACAUAUGAGGAGUGCCACCGCAAAUGCAAAGAGGUGUUCCCGCUGCAGAUGGAAGGGGUGCGGUUAGUGGUCAACAAAGGCUUGAGUAACCACUUCCAGGUCAGCCAUACUAUUACCCUCAGUACCAUGGGGGAUUCUGGUUAUCGCUUUGGUGCUACCUACGUAGGGAGUAAACAGACUGGUCCAGCAGAGUCAUUCCCAGUCAUGGUUGGAGAUAUGGACAAUACUGGCAGCCUGAAUGCUCAGAUCAUCCACCAGCUCACAAAUGCUGUGCGCUCCAAAAUAGCAAUCCAGACUCAGCAGCAUAAGUUUGUGAAUUGGCAGUGUGACAUGGAGUACCGAGGUGAAGACUUCACCUCUGCUGUGACACUCGGAAAUCCAGAUGUAAUUGCUGGAUCUGGCAUUUUAGUGGCCCACUAUCUUCAGUCAAUCACACCUUCACUGGCUCUGGGUGGUGAACUAGUGUACCACAGGAGACCAGGGGAGGAAGGAACCGUCACAUCUCUCCUGGGGAGAUACACAGGUGAUAACUAUGUUGCUACUUUGACUCUCGGAGGUGCAGGAGCUCAUGCUACAUACUAUCACAAAGCAAAUGAUCAGUUGCAGAUAGGAGUCGAAUUUGAAGCCAGCACAAGGAUGCAAGACACAACAACAUCAUUUGGUUACCAGCUGGACCUUCCUAAAGCUAAUUUGCUAUUUAAAGGCACAGUUGAUAGUAAUUGGGUGGUUGGAGCAACCCUUGAAAAGAAACUGCUGCCACUGCCUCUCUCACUGGCCUUAGGGGCUUUCCUCAACCAUCGCAAGAAUAAGUUCCAGUGUGGCUUUGGUGUCACUAUUGGCUAGAGGAGCAGGGGCCACACAGAGCCAGCUCACAGGCCACAGCUUGGACCGGCACUGAGACACACAGGAACCUGGACUGAGUAUAAGAAAUUGGAUUCAAAGACUCUCUUACAACUGUGAAAUCUGGGACAGAUAGAGAGACUCAUAACUACCAAGGAGCCAGGACUGGCCAAGCCAUGCCUACAUUCUGUAGCACAAAUGUCUUUCCUUUAUGGUGUAUUGGAUAUACCCAGAGGCUAUACAGAUGUAUAUCAGAGGGCAUCAGAUGAUGCAUGAGAACAUGUGACGCUAAAAUCAUUGUAAGUGGGUAGACAUAAUAUAUGGUGACCAUGUCUGAUGGAUUGAAAUAAAUGUGAUUACUUUUUGUA